AUGGACGAAAUAUUAGGUAAAAUAGUGUCUCAAAGCGAGACAUCAAAGUUGUCGUCAAUCACAUCACUAUCACAUCAGGCAUUAGAAAUAAUAUGUGAUAAAAGUUGUCUAAUAAGAGUACCCAUGGAUGAGGUCAGACAUAAAUGCAUACAAGUGUUCAAAGCAUGUCUUGAGUGCCAUAAAGAGACAAAACUGACACAAUUGGCUGUCAAUGGACUUCAAAUAAUUGUUAGACAAGACAUCUAUUGGGAUGUUAGCUGUGAUGAAGAAGAACAGCAAUUGCCAUCACAAGUAAUACAAUGUAUAUCAUCAGUGAUUCAGGCACUCAAAGAGCCGUCACAAUUGGAACUGUUGUCCAUUUUAUUACAAAUGAUUUGUAAUAAACCAUCGAUGAUAAUGAUUGAUAACAUAAGAGAUAUCAUUGAGAUAUGCUGUCAACUGAGCGCACAAUCCAAUCAAACCAAUCAACUAAAUGACUAUUAUUUGGGAAUCGAGGCGACAGCCAGUCAAUCGUGUCAUCAAUUCAUCAAAUAUUGUCUUAACAACUGUGAUAACAAUAGUGAUUAUAAUGAUGAAGAAGUUGUUGAAGAGAUCAUUACAUUGUUUAAUGUGAUUAUAAAUAAAUUACAAGUUUUUAAUCAAAACACUAACAGUAUUGCAGUGCUUUUAAAAUGCAUUUAUUAUAUCUUCAUAACCAUUCCUAACGAUUCUCAUAUUAUUAAUGAAACGCUCGUAGAUUUCAUUUGGCAGCAAAUAAUUCCAAAUAUAAUGACAUACUUAACGGCAACACAUUUGAAUGAUUUGGUUGUAACGCAAGCAAGUGAUGCCAAAAACAUGGGUCGCGGCUCACAAUCAGUCAAUAAUGUCGAUUCAAUACCUCUUAAUAAAAGACAUAUUUUUAAAAUUACUUCUGAAUUGGUUAGACUUUUUGGUCAAAUAAGUUGUUUGAGACCAGCAUUGGAGUCACUAUUUCAUCGGAUAUUACUCUAUCCACCCGUUAGUCAGCGAUUAGAUGCUCUUAAAUGGAUGAAAGAGUUAUUGAAAAUCCCAUCAUUUAUAAUAAAUGCUACAUUUGUUGAACCAGUAUUUGGAAAGAGUUCCCGAUCUAAGGAUUUAGACUUAUUGCAUAUAGUAAUGGAUUCUUUAGAAGAAUGCAGUCUAUCUUCAGACAUAGAUAUCUCAUUGAUGGCCAUCUCAUCAUUGGUUGCUUUCUUGCAUUCAUUGUCUAUUAUAUGCAACACUAAUGGAAAUAAUAAAUAUCUUAGUCUUCAUUUAAUUGAGUCAAUAAAUAAAAUGUAUCCGACAUUGAAAUUAGCAGAUUUUGAAGGAUUUGACGUACGAAACACAGACGUCCAUCAAAUCGAUGAAUAUUAUGAAUGUCAGCCAAAAGUUCCGAUCAAUGUUUUAAAGACCCGAAUCGUUGGCUUUGAUAGCAAUAAUAUAAUGACAAAUAAUGAAGAUGUGWGUGAAAAUGAUAAGCAAAGAGAUAACGAAGAAAAUAAUAUUAGAAAAGAAUURUUUGCCAAAACAAAUAUCAAACAAUUUAAAAUUGAAUUUUUCAAAUCAAGACUUAAAGAAAUUAUGGAUUCAAAAUCAACAGAUAGUUAUACUGAGAGCCAGACUAACGAAAAUGACAAUUUUGAAGAUAAUGAUAGUCAAGAAAAUGAGAUAUCAAUUAAAUCUAAAACUAUUGUUAAUAAUGAUGUCGACGAAUGUAMUAAUCGUAAGAAAGAAAUUACAAAUAAAUUUAUAAAAAUGGAAAGUCUUUCGACUAAUUAUGAAGAAGUUAGAGAAUAUCAGAAUUCUUCGUCAUUUAGUAAAACCAGUUGUACUGAAGGACCAGAAUUUGAAGAAUGCGAAGAUAGGGAACCUAUGAUUACAUGUGACGAUGAUAUUCAUCUUCAAAGAAGUAAUGCCAGAAGUUUUGCGACGACACUAAAGCUUUAUUUGCCUAAAUUGUUAACAAUGCGUACAUCAAUAGAGGCCGACCACGCACUACAAGAAUUUGCAUCCAAUUAUUGCUCCGGUAUUUAUCUUUUAGAUGGACAUAAUGGCGAAAUAAAAAAUUAUUCAAAUACUGUGAUUAUCAAUAGCGAUGGCAUCUAUUUAUCUACUUAUUCAACAUUAUUGUUUAAUUUAAAGUUAAUUGAUAGCAAUUUUUAUUCAAAUAUGUGUCAAAGUAUUCCUUUAACUGAGCAAGAAUUUAUUGAUGAUAUUCACAACAGUGGUAUUCUGGUCUACAUAUCAGGUCACUGGUUGGCAGAGCUCUACCAAAUAGUAUUGACUGAUAAUCUACUUGAAAAUGCUGGUUAUAAGCACAACGAAUAUAUGAACACUGCCCUUAUAAACCUAUUGAAAGAUAUAGAUGGRUUAGACAGCUGUGAACCGGGUGCCCAACAAUUAUCAGACUACCGACGCCUCGAAAGAGCCGUUUCGUGUCAUAGUAUUCCCGAAAAAGAGGCUGAAAUUAAUGCAGCUUUUAAAUUGGUUAGACGUUUAGUAACAGCCUUUUGGGAUACAAUUGUUGGCUGCUUUGGGACAGCUUUUCGGGCUAAUUGUGGCUCUAAUGAGUUAUCAAAUGCUAUUGCAUUAAACACACUAUUAGUUAAUGACGUCAAAGCUAUAACUAAUAAGAAAAAUAUGAUAACAUGCAGUUUGGAUGGACUGCAAACAGCAGCCAAACUAUGCAUCCAAUUAGCUCUUCAGUCGAGAUGUGAUACAAUUUUUCAAUUAUUGGCGCUUUCGGUAAUCGACACAAAAUGUGAGAUAAAUAAUGAAAAAAAUCACACAAAAGUCAAACAUUCAUUUACUAAAAGAAGUGUUAUUGAAGUUAUUAAAAAUCGUUUGCCUAUAAGUUUACACACAUCGCAUGUAUUAAGUUUGCAGGUACUUUUAAGUUGUGGGCUUGAAAUGGGCAGUCAUUGUCAAUCGUGUUGGAGAUAUGUAUUUAAAAGCUGUCAGUAUAUCAUGGAGUUGGAGCACAAUUACUUCACAUCCCGACACUCCUCACUAUUGAGUAGUACGCGAACAUCUAUCUCAUCAUUUAUCAAAUCAUCCUCAAAACAAACUGAUCCUUAUCUUAAUUUUGAUACAAAUGUUAUCCCGACUUCAAUGCCAGGCAUUAAUGAGUCCGAAGAGAUUAAUACCGAGACGUCUAUCAAUAAUUUGAUCUCCGAAACCAAUGAUCAGCUUUUAAAAGAUAAACAAUUAGAAAAAGUGAUUGAUAUACUGUCCCAUUGUUUGGAUCUCUUAUUUGAAGAUGCAGUCAAUAAAUUAAAUCUACAAUCACUUCAUGGCUUUCUAACUGAACUAUGUCUUUGUAGUCGCGAACAACUAUCACUUAUUUCUAAAACAACAUCUGUCGCUUCCUAUUCUGGAAAAUCUCUUUUGUUAUUCCGCUUGAGUGAUGUCAUAUUGAGAUGUGCCAAAAGUGGUCGACCGGUAUUACAUUUUAUGAAAUGUUGGUCAGUAGUGGCCACUCAUCUAACUGAAGCAGCCUCUCAUUGCGAUCCAUUUGUGGCCAAAAAAUCUAUAUCUACUCUUCAUGACAUAAUUAAUGUGUUUCUUUCGGUUCACAACGAGUUACCACAUUUUCACUUCAAUGAAGCACUUUUUAAACCAUUUGAAAACUUACUACUUCUUGAAAUGGUUGACUUAGAUAUUCAAGAGUUAAUCAUUAGUUCAAUUUGUGAGUUUGUCGAGGGAACCACUGAAGACAUUAGGUCAGGUUGGAGACCAUUGUUUGGUGCCCUUCGAGGUAUACGUCUUCCACAAGUAGUUCCUUAUUCUGUUAAUUGUUUAGAACAAGAAACAGAAAGAGUUAGACAAUUAAGAGUUAUUUUGGAUAUAUUUGAGGCCUUUCUUCACACUAAUAAUCUUCAAGUGUUGGCCAACGCUGUUGUCGAUUGUCUCUUAUGUCUUCUUAAACUUAUUAAAACUCCGUUACAUUUUGUCAAUCAAUUGGACCUAACAAUUGGAGAAAAUCRUACAGAAACAACUGAUUUGUGUAUAAUUUCAUUAAAAUAUUUAAAUCAAUUGUCGUCAAUGUUGUGUUCAAUGUAUCAAAUGCCUGCCUGUCCUCUAUUUGCAUCACACAAAUUACUAGACACCAAACGACUUAUCGAUACAACAAACUUAGAGCUUAAUCAAGAACUUGAUUCUAACAUAACCUUAGAUAUGAUAGACAGACCCAACAAAAUACUUCACAUUUGGUUUCUUUUAAUUGAUGAGAUGUUUCAAGCAAUUCAAAAAUGUCAGCCUAAACAUCAAAAGACAGCAAUUGAAAUGAUAUUUUACUGGUUUAACAAUUUAGUUGACAUACCUGGUCCUAAUUUUGCUAUUUAUUGUGCAAAUCAUAUAAUGAUACCAACACUUCAAACCAUUACUCACGAGACUCUUACGACAGACAGUGUUGAGGAUAACAGCAGUUUGAAAGAGUACAGACUUUCAGCAUUAAGACAUUUAUAUGACAAUGACAAUAUAGUUGAUUUAGAUUUAAUGCUCAAACAAUCACUAUUGGUAUACAUUGAGACAUUGAAUGGUAAAUAUCACGAGUCUAUCGCCAAAUUGAGCUGUGCUUGUAUUAGGCAUAUAUUGCUCUCAGUUUAUGAUAAUUUUGACAACAAUUUAUGGCAAAUAACAAUUGAUUGUUUAACAAUUGCCCAUAAAAUGACAUUACAAUCAUUGGAAGCAUUGCUUAAUAUUUUCAAUAAUAAGAGCGAAAAGUUUUUUGAAGAUUUGGAUCAAAUUCAAGUGAUUUGUAAGCGAAAUUCGUGUGAAGACAAUCAACAAUUAUGUAGAUUAGCGCAACAGAUAUUCCUAUUGGACGCACAAAGAAAGCAAACCAUAUCGAGUGAGUCCAACAAAUGGUCAUCAGUUGAUGCAAAUGACUUUUCCACGAUUCCCGACAAUCGAUCCUUUAUUUUCUUAAUCAAUGCGGAGGACAAGCCUUUGACUAUAACCUAUAGAGUCUUAGUUAUACAACUAACAUCACAUUGGCUUAUAUUGCAAACAAUGGCUUCACUACUUCUUAUAGGAAUAAGACCAGUGAUGGCAAACAUUGAUCAAUUGAUUGAUUCAAUUGAUGGUUCACCAAAACCUAGUGUAUUAUCAAUGGAUAUAAAACAAUGCAGAGAUUUGUUAAGAUUAUUAGAUCACACCUAUAGUAUAUCAUUAAAUUUUGAUUCAAAACCGGGACUAAAGUUUUUAAUACAAAAAAUUAGUCGAUGUGAUGUCCCCUCAAAUUUAUAUAAGUUUUCAUCACUUGUUUGGUCAGUUCAUCUUAUGGUUGAUAUAUUCUUCAGUAAUGACAAAGAGUUUUGUCAACAUUUGGGACAAUCACUGCUUGAAUUAAGUGAGACUUACGCACAACGAGUUAAACCAAAUAUUAAGAAACGGGUGACAAUUGAUGACAUAUGCUGUCAACCGUUGUAUUUACUUCAACAGUCUAAAGAAGAACUUCAAAGCAUUAUUGCAUCGUUUAAGACAAACAAUAUGUUUAGAGAACUGUCUGAAGAAGUAAUUUGCGAAGAGAACCAUUCAGAUGAUACUAAAACAGAUAUAUCAGAGUUUGUCAAUAAUAAUAGUGAUGUCAAGUUGUACUCAUUGGUAACUGAAACGAAAAUGGAUUCAAUGAUGACUGAAUACAAAAAAUAUAAGUCACAUCAUUCACCUAUUCCUCAAAAUGUUAGCGAAACCAUUGAAUCUAAAAAAUAUGUUUUUAAUUGUAAACAUAAAUCCAAUGAAGAUAUUGAUAAUAACGACAAUGAAAGCCAACAAUUUAUUCUUAAGGACACACAGGCAUUCAAUGAAUUGUGGAGUCAAGUAAUAUCUAACGCUAUAGAUCUUCAUUUAUCGUUACCAUUACCACAAUUCAAACAAUUAAUUGUUGCAUUUGAGCCAUCAAUCAAAUUAUUGGUCCAAUUCAGCGAAGAUAAUCAACUGAAGGGUCGCAUCUCUGAAUGGAUUUCCAAAUUGGUUGAUAUUAUUUGUGAUAAAAAUCAAUAA